CCUGAGGGGGACGUUCCGGUCCCUGCUGGUGACGCGGCUGCCGCCCCCCGGGGACCCCCCCGGGACCACCCUGGCCAUGACCCUCGUGAGCCGCGAGAAGAACAAGAAGGUGCCCGCCCUGUUCAAGCGGCCCCGCGAGCCCGACAAGAGCCGGGGGGUCGAGGGCAUCACGCGGCUGAUCUGCGCCCCCCGCCCGCCCCCCGCGCUGCUCAGCGUGACCGUGGAUGGGACGCAGUGGGACGACAUCAAGUUCUUCCAGCUGGCGGCGCAGUGGCCGUCCCACGUCAAGCAUUUCCCCGUCGGCCUUUUUGGGGGUCCCAAAGCCCCCUGAC